AUGGGUUGCACAGGAAAAGCUCAAAAGCGUAUGAGAAAAAUACAAACAAACUCAGAAAAUAGGCACAACCAGAAUCAGAAUGACUUCAUUAGCAGAUUACCAGAGGAUAUUCUUCUUAUUAUCUUAAACAAACUGCCCAUGGAAGAUGCUGUGGCUACCUCCUUACUCUCAUCGAAGUGGAGGGACUUAUGGAAGCUCACUUCUAAUGUGGAUUUCAACUAUCGAUGGGUGCAAGUCAGGAGAAAAGAAAUCCAUCCAUCUGUGAACCACUUUGUCCGCUCGCACCAUGGCAAGGAGAUCAAAUGCUUUUCUGUCUCUUUGAGGUGUAAGAAGAGUAUGGUGCCUGAUGUGCAGUCUUGGAUUACUUAUGCAGCUAAAAAAAAUGUUGAAGAACUGUGCAUCAACUUGAAUGAUAGGGAAGAUAACAGGAAGAACAGAACGUAUCAUUUGCAGCAUUUGUGUUUUCCUGCCUGUGAUUUGAGCUUUUCUUCCCUGGUGAAGCUAAUCCUCAAGUUUCUAUGGCUGGAUAUGGAUUACUUCCCUCACUGUGAGUCCCUGAAAGAGCUUCACCUAGAAAAGCUUGUAUUGCCUAAUGAUGAAAUCAAUGGAAUCACUGAAAAAUCUCCAGCACUGCAAUUCUUGUGCUUGAUUAACUCUAAUCUGAGUGAGAAUCUCCAUGUUAACAUUUCUCCAAAUUCUAAUCUUCGGAAGCUGAUAAUUGAGGAUGAGUUUGUGGAGUAUAACAGGAUGCAGCAUAUUUUUAUCAAUGCUCCAAAAAUUACGAGGAUAGAGUUUUUGUCAAGCAUGCCAAAGAGGAAGUACCAUAUAGUGAAUAUGGGGGUUGGUAUUGAAGCAAGGUUCAACUUGAAUAGGAUGUUUCGUGAGCGAGGAGAAGCCAAGGCCACCUGUAAUGGUGUGCUUGUUUGCCGGUAUCAGCAGAACCUCCUGGGUCUACUCAAGACGUUUCAGACUGCUAAGGUACUUGAAGUAUGCAGCUGGUGUAUUCAGGUGUGCAUUUCUCCAUUGGAUUUUCAGUUCUCCCUCACAAACUCAAUUUGGUAA